AUAUUUAAAAAAAAAAAAAAUCGCAUCGGACCGGUUGGUAUAAGUGAUAAACCCGUAACGUGAGACCCGGUUCUAUUCGGGUAACCCACAAAGCCUCGGAUUUGUUUAGAGAAAAGCGCGAGUUGCAGAGUCGUCGUAGUGGAGCUGUAGUCGCCGGGAGAAAUCAGGAUGCUUCGCGGCAGAGGAUCGUGGGUCGGAUUGGCGACCCGGUUGAAACACUAUAGGAUCCGACGUCUCUGCAGUAAAGGAGAGAAGGGUGGGAAGAAGACGGAAUCAAGUGUUGUUGAUCAGCACAGCGAGACUGAAUCGACGAGUGUUGUUGUUUCUCGCUACGAUGAGACGUACAAGAAGCUCGAUAAGCUCGAUUUCGUGACAGCUGCGAAGAUCUUGUUCACUGAACCACCCAAGAAGAAUAAAUUUGGGCUUGACUGGCAUAUUGUGCAAUUCAUUAUCGUCUGCUUGCCAUCUCUAGCUGUGUAUCUGGUUGCUCAAUAUGCUCGCCGUAAAAUGAAGAUCAUGGACGCUGAACUUGGGGAGAAGAAGAGGAAAGAAGAAGAAAAGAAAGAGAAAGAAGAGGCUGAAAAGAAGGCAUUAGAAGAAGAAGCAGCAACCAAGUCUCAGGACGAGCUAACGGAGAUGAAACAGAGACUGGGAAAAAUCGAAGACACAAUCAAAGAGAUUGUUUUGGUAACAAAGAAACCUUCAGGGAAUGCUCCAGCCAAUACACAAGGGGAUCAAUCUACUAAACCCCCACCAAAACAAGAAUCUAGACCGAUCAAUGUGGAACAGAAGCCAGGUGAGGAUCAAACAAAUGUGGAUUCUCCUAGGCCUCAUUGAGAGAUUAUUAGAAAGGAAACUUAGGUGGUAGAUGAACAAGGAUAUACUCUUGUUGCUUUUGGUACUUAUAUGCAUUAUAGUCCAUGCAAUUCUCUUCUUUUUUUGUUUCAUUUGCUUGCUCAUUUAAGGAUAUCAUUACAUAAACAAAAGGAUUAAGUUAACUUAAGUUAUUAGAACAAUGGUUUUAAGUA